AUAGUGCGCAGCCAGUGACAAGGGCAGAGUGAAAUGGGAGGGAGCCGAAAGUGCAAGAAGCCUCUCUCUCUCUCUCUCUCUCUCUCUCUCUCUCUCUCUCUCUCUCUCUCUCUCUCUCUCCUGACAGCAUCUCUUCGGGACCGUGAAUGGCAGGACGAGGGCAUGCGUCUCACACAAUAACCUUUAGGACGCCCUGCAGAGGAAAAGAACAUUUCCGAGGCUCUAAUUAUUCCCGACGCGCUCGUCCAGAGGAUUUUCGGGCCACGGUGCAAAAAGAUUGUUCCCCCUCUCCGUGUGCGUUAUGGAGCGGCGGCGGCGGGGGUCUCUGGCGCUCGCCCUCAACUUGGCGGCGCUGCUGUUGGCCGCGUGCGCGCUCAGCACGAGCUACUGGUGUGCGGGAAGCCGAAAAGUGCUGAAGCCGUUUUGCACCGGGCCGCUGCCUCUCACACACAAACACACGCACUGCAUCCGGUAUAACGGCUCCAGCGCUAACGACAGCCGCCAGGUGCAGUACGUGUGGGAGACCGGAGAGGACAAGUUUGUCCUGAGGAAGUUUCACAGCGGUGUUUGGCUGUCCUGCGAGCAGAAUAUCGACCUGAGCGGCGAGAAUUGCAGAAGUUUCAUAAAUAUUCCCCCUCCACAUGAGAGAGGGGUCUUGUGGCUGUGCAUCGUUGCAGAAUGUCUGUACAUCCUGCUCCUGGCCACUGGUGGAAUCCUCAUGUCUAUCGAAGUCUGCCACUUUGGAAACGUCAUCGAUGGACUCAAACUCAACGCCUUUGCCGCCAUAUUCACCGUCUUGUCAGGUCUUCUUGGCAUGGUAGCACACAUGAUGUACACAACAGCCUUUCAGCUCACUGUCAGUCUGGGCCCUGAGGACUGGAAACCCCAAAGCUGGGAUUAUAGCUGGUCUUACAUGUUGGCCUGGGGUUCUUUCACAGCAUGCAUGGCGUCCUCGGUGACCACCAUCAACAGAUACACAAAGACUAUCCUGGAGUUCAAGCACAAGCGGAGGAACAUGGAGAAGAACCUGAAGAUCAAGCAGCAGCUCCUGGAGCUGGAUUGCCCAGAGCAGAUGUGGGACAUGUAUAUCAGCUCGGUGCCCAGCACAGCCGAGGAGCUACUGGAGCUGUCCAGUCCGAGCCGUAAGAUGUCUAACCACGACAUGGGAGAUCAGCAGGGGGAGGAGUACUGCUGAGGCUAGCCUAGGGCCUUAUUUAGUCAACUGUGCAGAAAUUCCAUGCUAACAGCUUGCAAGUGUGUUAUAUUAGUAGACAAAAACAUUUGCAAAUGGCAUUGGAAAUCACAGUAUUAGCCUGUAAUCCCGCUGGCGGGAUGACAUUCUCAUCGUCUUUAGAGUAUUACUGCUUCAAAAAAAUCUUUGAGUCAGAAGAUUCACUUUGUUAACUGUAAAAUGUGAUACAUUGUGCAGUAUUCGUGAACUUAAGAACUAUUUGUCACUUCCUUCCAUCAUCAAGCUGUUGCAAAAUCUGUUAGUCGACCACACUGUGUUUUCAUCCACCACCUUUGCUGAUGAGAUACAUAGUGACAGUUUUGGCAUGUUUGUUUUUAUCCUUCAGCUUUGCUAGGUGACACCGCAGCCAAUCAGAGCAUCUUAUUCUGAAACCAGAUUUUAAUAGUCGCAUCACAGUGAAUCUGACUGACAGGUGGAUGAAACAAGCUGUCUGCAACUUGCCUUAACGUAGUUCGCAAUGUUCAGUACGCUUCACGGCAAAAACAUCCAGAGUUACUCAACAGAAUAAACAUUUCUUUACAUGUAUUCAUCUCUACAAAUCAUAGGCAAGCCCAAAUGUGUCAAGCCCAGUGCUCCUCUCCCACCGCCACUCCUAAGUGAUAUAUACAACAUAUCCUCCAGCUAAGGAAUCCGUUGCCUUCUGGUGAUUUUGUGUUUGUGCUGUUUAUAAAUGAAGCCCCAGGACAGGCCUUGAUUUUCUAACUAAACCUCCCCUGGCGUAUUGUAUUACCCGCUGUUGCUUGGCACUGCCACAUGCUCUUAAUGAACUAAAUCUGGCCUCAGAUUACAGUGAGGCCAGGACAGACUGUUAUCUGGCUUCUCUACAGAGUUUAAUCAAUGACUGUAUAUACUGACUAGUUUUUAUGUACUGUGUUGUAUUGUUGGCUAGAGGUGAUGCAGUGGUUAUUCAUUUUAUAGUCAUGUAUUGAUGUUAUAUACAGAUAAGUGACAAUUUAAAGGGAAAAAAAAUGAAUACAAGGUGAUUUAGUAAGUGUUCAGCCACCAUGAGCCACCAGAACCGUGCACCGUGGCACUGAUUCUACUAGUCCCUGGAACAGUACUGGAGAGAAGAACACCGUUCUUACAAAGACAUUCCCUCAGCUAGGGUUUUGAUGAUGGUGGUGGAGAGUGCUGUUGAACACAUCAGUCCAAAAUCUCCCAAAUUCUGUGUUCAUUUGGAAUGAGAUCUGGCAACUAUGAAGGCCAUAGCAUAUAAUCAUUUCCGUACUCAUCAAAUCAUUCAGUGAGUCCUUGUGUAGUACGGAUGGAGGCCAGGAGUCAUUCUGGAAGAGACCACACCCACCUGGAUAGAAUUGAUUCCUCCUAGGAUAAAGGUGAUCAUUAUUUGCAGUGACACUUCACUCUAUGAGGGCAAGUGGACCCAAAAACAUGUUUGCAAAAUAUGUCCCCCCCCACACACACACACACACACACACACACCGAAUAAUAGAGCCAAGUUUUCCUUUAAAUUGUCACCAGUCUAUAAGUUUACGCAUGUAUUGUAUAUCAGCACUGACACUGUACGAAUCAUCUCGUGUAAAAUAGGUACAACAUUUGCCGUAUAAUUAGUUAAUAUUGUGCUGUCUAUGGGGUUGUGUUUUUCCUAGUCCUGGAUUUUCUUGUUUUCACUCAUUUAAAAUAUUACAUCUCUCUUUUGCAUCUCUAUAACGAGACAGAGUGCAUUUGUUUAUGAUACUGAUCACGAUUCUGUUUAACCAAAGCAUGCUCAGAACUGAAUAUCCAUUCACAGUCAAUUUUCCGGGUUUAUAAUCCUUAUGUGGGUCAAAUUUGUUUAGUAAUGCAGGCAUCAUAUCAGUGUUGUGGCUAUUUUUCUAAAAUGACUGGAGAUGGUAGAUAUUUAUUUGUAUUUAAUAUUACUACAUGUGUAAAAGUAAUGCUUUUGAUAGAGAGCAGUCAUUUUAUUUCAAUAUAUCGAAAUGUGGCUCUGCAAAGCUUUUAUAUUAUAUAGAGCCAUGGUCUCUGAGUGAGAGGGACGGCGUUACACUGUCCCCUGUCAAUCAGAGUGACAUCACGGGUGUCUGUGAGCUCAUGUAUGAUGAAGAGGACAGUUAGCGCUUUCCUCUGAGUGUGUUACGGUGCGCUGUAAUGUAGCAUGAGCAGCAGUUAGAAAAGAUGCAGUGACUGGCCGGGGUCUCACAGGAAGCACCGUUAGCCUUCAUCUUCCCCAAUUGAGAGCUGGCUAGUGGGUGGGAUUGAGAACAUGGGGUAAAAAUAUACCAUAUAAAAAUAUAUGUCUUAAACCUGUUCGGAACCAAAGAAAGUCAUUCACUUAUCAUGCAUCACUGCAUGCACAAGUUUGACCUGAGGGAAAGUGCAGUACAACAGCUCGGUUGUGAUAAAGGUUAAGCUAGAAAAGGAAAUUCUCCAAAGUGAAUGCUCAUCAAGUUAAACUUUACUUGAAUUUUUCCCACUGUGCUCUCACUGUUACCACGCUUAGCUGACCAUGUGCAUAGACUUGAAAUAAAUCCAAAUAAAUCGAAAUAAUGCAAUGAAGACUGCAUAAUUACAUUCACAAAAUGAUUCAAAUGUUGAUAAGUCUGUGCCACCAAAACAAAGCUGUCUAUAUUUUGUGAGCUACGUGUAUAGUAUACUGUAGGGUGAUGGAAGUACAUAAAAUGCAGGCAAUCUGAAAUGCUCUAUCAUUUUUUUGUUUGUUUGUUUUUGUUAAGUGCUUCUGAGGUCACAGCCGACAGUAUUUCUGCAUUUAGAUAUCCUAAUAUACUUUUUCAUUAUACACAAUCACCUUCCACUUUAUUGGGAACACCUGUACACCUGCAUAUUCAUUCAAGACCAGGCAAUGUUUUUCCAAUCUUCAACUGUCUAGUUUGGGUGAGUCUGUGCCCACUAUAUCGUCAGAUUCUUGGCUGACGGGUGUGGAAACCGAUGUGGUUUUCCGUUGUUGCAUCCCAUCUGCAUCAAUGUGUUGUGCGUUCUGAGAUGCUUUUCUGUUCAGCACAGUUGUAAAGAGUGAUUAUUUGAAAUGCCAUAGCCUUCCUGUCAGCUCGAACCAGUCAGAUCAUUCUCUUUUAACCUCUCUCUUCUGAUUUAGCAGAACUGCUUCCAACUGGAUGUUUUGGGGAGUUUUGUUUGUUUGUUUGUUUUUUCACCAUUCAGUGUAAAGUCUAGUAUGAAAAUCCCAGGAUCGGUUUCUAAAAUACUCCAACCAACAACCAUGAGAAGUCACCGAGGUGACAUUUUGUCCUCAUUCUGUUGUUUGAUGUGAACAUUAACUAAAGUUCUUGACCUGUAUCUGCAUGAUUUAAUGCAUUGUGCUGCUGCCACAUGACUGGAUAAUUGCAUCAAUGAGCAGGUUUACAGGUGUUUCUAAUAAAGAGGCCAGUGAGUGUAUGUUAGCUCUCGAUUUUGUAAUACUGGAAUAUUAUUACUAGGUUUUAUUGCACAUGUUCUCCUCAAUAGCUAGAGGACUAUAAAAGGGGACCAAAAGUGAUAAAUGCUCGAACGGCCACUAGGAGGCACUGUGCUAAAGUUUUUCUCAUUGGCUUCUGAAUGUAUGCACUAAUAUUACCCAGUGUCCUUUCGGACUUAUUAUUUACUUCUUAUUUCUGUCUCAUUGUAUGAUUGUGCUACAUGUGUCCUUUGACCAGAGGGACAUUUAAAAUUCAAUAUGAGCCAAAAGUGUUUUGGAAACAGUAAGAAUAAAGAAUAAGAAUAA